AUGGUACAAGUUUCUUGUGCUUCGAUUAUUGCAUUAUUUACUUGUUGUUGUUUCUAUUUUUUUGUUAAAUGCUAUAUAAUGUUUUCCCUAUCAUUUGCUAUGUUUUCUCUACUUCUGUAUAAUUCUCUUUUCAAACUGCUUUGAUAUGCGUUACUUGAUAAUCUUUCUGAAACAACUUCUCUAUCUUCACGAGGCAGGGAUAAAGUCUGUACACGCUACCUUCCCUAGACUCUGCUACCCUCCCUAAACUCCACCUAUGGGAUUUCACCGUCAUCAGAAAGGUGUUUCGGAGUUCUAUAUCAUCAUAAUAGGUGUGGAUGGGAUUAUCAGAGUAGUUAUUUCGCGCCUGAUGUCCAGAGGAAACCUAUAGAAGGUGAGCCUUGAAGCAAGAGGUGAAACGAAAUGUGGAGCAAAAUUUUUGAUUUUUCUAGUUAGAACGGAUUUGUUCAUAUUCCUAUAGGGAAAAAGAUAAAAAAUUGUCUAUAUUUCUAUAGAAAAAAAGAAAAAUGCAGAAAGGUUCAAUACAUGAAGAGUUUGCUCUAAAGCAAACAGCUCCAAAAAUUGUUGGAUCAGGGUUGAUGAUUGGAGGAGAUAAGGUAACCGUUGCCUAUGACCUCGUUGAGCAAAUGGAAUACCUCUACGUUCGUGUUGUCAAGGCUAAAGAGUUAACAAAGGAUGUCACAGGGAGCUGUGAUCCUUAUGUUGAAGUCAAAGUUGGGAACUACAAAGGCAUCACGAAGCAUUUUGAGAAGAAAACCAACCCCGAAUGGAAUUAUGUGUUUGCGUUCUCUCAGGAUCGGCUUCAAGCUUCUUACAUUGAAGUUUGUGUGAAAGAUAAGGAUGUUGUAUUGGAUGAUACGAUAGGACGAGUCAUGUUUGAUCUCAUUGAUGUACCGAGAAGAGUUCCCCCGGAUAGUUCAUUAGCCCCACAAUGGUAUAGGUUAGAGGAUAAAAGAGGUGAAAAGUUGAAAAAGGGGGAAGUCAUGCUUGCUGUUUGGAAAGGAACUCAAGCAGACGAGGCGUUUUGUGAUGCGUGGCAUUCGGAUGCUGCAGCUGUGGGAAGUGAGGGCAUUUCAAGAAUUAGAGGAAAGGUAUAUCUUUCCCCUAGACUUUGGUAUAUAAGAGUUAAUGUCAUUGAAUGCCAAGAUUUGCUUCCAAAUGAAAAGAAUCGCCAACCCGAGUGCUGUGUGAAGGUUUUAUGUGGAAAUCAGGCCUUGAAAACGAAAAUUUCUCCGAUAAAAAGUUUCAAUCCAAUGUGGAAUGAGGACUUGGUUUUUGUUGUAGCUGAACCAUUUGAAGAGCCUUUAGUUAUAAAUGUUGAGGAUAAAGUUGGAUCAAAGUUCGAGGUUUUGGGAAAAUGUGUGCUUCCUUUAAGCACUGUCCCUAGAAGGCUUGACAACAAACCUGUUCCUUCUAAAUGGCACAAUCUUGAGAAAUACACAAUUGUAGAAGGGGAAAAAAGGGAGACUAAGUUUGCUAGUAAGAUUCAUUUGAGGCUCAGUUUGGAUGGCGGAUAUCACGUGUUGGAUGAAUCGAUACAUUACAGCAGCGAUUUCAAGCCAACGUCGAAGCUUUUAUGGAAAUCCAGCAUUGGACUACUUGAAUUGGGGAUAAUCAGUGCAACAGGACUGUCAGCUAUGAAGUCCAAGGACGGACGAGGGACGACAGAUGCUUAUUGUGUAGCUAAGUAUGGGCCAAAAUGGGUUCGUACAAGGACAAUCCUUGAUAGCUUGUCACCACAAUGGAAUGAGCAGUACACUUGGGAAGUACAUGAUCCUUGUACCAUGAUCACAGUAGGGGUGUUUGAUAACGGGUACCUACAAGGGGGGAAAUGUACGAGCAUAGGAAAGGUGAGGAUUAGGCUCUCGACCCUUGAAACAGAGAAGGUAUACACACAUUCCUACCCUCUUAUUGUCCUGCAUCCAUUGGGCGUUAAAAAGAUGGGAGAAGUUCAACUAGCUGUGAGGUUUUCGUGUACGUCUUAUGUCAAUAUGUUGUCUAAAUACUCUCAACCUUUGUUUCCAAAGAUGCAUUAUGUUCAUCCAUUGUCUAUCAGUCAGCAAGAUUUCCUCAGGUUUCAAACUAUUCAAUUACUGUCAACGAGGCUAGGACGAGCAGAGCCACCAUUGAAAAAAGAGGUUGUGGACUACAUGCUAGAUGUUGGUUCACACAUAUGGAGCGUAAGGAGAGCUAAGGCGAACUUUUUCAGAUUAAUCUAUGUUGUGAGUCCAAUAAUGGCAAUUGGAAAAUGGUUUGAUCAAAUAUGUCAUUGGAAGAAUCCACUCACUACAAUUCUAAUCCACAUACUCUUUGUAAUAUUAGUCCUUUACCCUGAAUUGAUUGUUCCUACAUUCUUUCUUUACCUAUUCUUGAUUGGUAUUUGGCACUAUAGAUUGAAACCAAGACAUCCACCUCACAUGGACAUCCAUAUUUCACAUGCUCAUGCUGUUUUCCCCGAUGAUUUGGAUGAAGAAUUCGAUACAUUCCCAACAUCAAGAGGCUCGGAUAAGGUGAGGAUGAGAUAUGAUCGUUUGAGGAGUGUUGGAGGCAGGAUUCAGACUGUGAUAGGGGACUUGGCGACUCAAGGGGAAAGGUUCCAUUCAUUGUUGAGCUGGAGAGAUCCAAGGGCAUCGGCUUUGUUCGUGACAUUCUGUUUAGUUGCUGCAAUAGUCAUGUAUGUCACACCAUUCCAACUUGUCGCGUUUCUCACUGGAAUCUACCUGUUAAGGCACCCGAGAUUUCGUCAUAAACUUCCUUCAUUGUCUACUAGUUUCUUCAAGAGGCUGCCUGCAAGAGCAGAUUGCAUGUUAUAGACUUAUAUCUAAGUAAAUAUUUGGUUUAACAUGGUAGAAAAUGCAGCAAAAAAUGAACUUGAGAUCACAAAGAUUGUCCUGUUAUCUGUUAUUUCUACCUUAGCAUUUUUUUUUAUUGUUGUAAUUUGACUU